CUCUGUGUGAAUCCGUUUCCUUCCGACCUUCCCAAUCCCGUCGGAAAUUCCUCGCCCAGAGAGUCCACCGCCGUCGCGACCUUCGGCCAAAAUCAGGCACCAGAUCACAAUCACCGUCCGCAACGCUCCAAUUCUCCAGUCCUCCUCCACAAACGGAUUGACCCUGCACCGGCUACAGUGUUACAUGCUUACAAAAAACGUGAAUUGGGGAAAUACCACACGAACAAAGCACUGAACCAGAUUUCUGCGCACACAAUAAGAACGAACUAGAGUCUGGGCACACAAUGUCCGUUCAAUUACCGUCCGGUUGCUGGAUAUUUUUCUUUGCAAAAACUUAAUGAGUUUUAGGUAUAUAUCUAAGGAAAUUAUGGAGAAAGGCAACGCUGCAGUCCUCUUUAUUAGUGCCAUGAUGAUUGUUACGAUUAGGGUUCUUUUUGUCAUAUACCGGAGCGGAAAGCCACUCCGACCCAGAUUGCCACGGCCCCUCCGGACGCUCAUUGUGUUAGGUUCAGGUGGUCACACUGCAGAGAUGAUGAACCUGUUAUCUGUUCUUCAAGAAGACAGGUUUAAGCCAAGGUUUUACAUUGCUGCUGCAACUGAUAACAUGAGUCUCCAUAAGGCCAGGGUAUUCGAGGACUCUUUAGUUGAGAAGGCAGGGACGGAGGUGGUUCGAACAGCUCAAUUCAUGCAAAUAUAUAGAAGCCGAGAGGUUGGCCAAUCGUACAUCACAUCUGUUGCUACAACCUUAAUUGCUUUGGCUCAUGGUUUGUGGUUAAUGAUCAAAAUCAGACCUGAAGUGGUUCUCUGCAAUGGCCCUGGAACUUGUAUACCACUGUGUGUGAUAGCAUUUUUCUUUAAGGUACUUGGAAUCAGGUGGUCAUCUAUAUUUUAUGUAGAAAGUAUUGCAAGAGUGAGAAGGCUAUCUUUGAGUGGGUUGGUCCUUUACAAACUACAGAUGGCUGAUCAAUUAUUUGUUCAAUGGCCAAAACUGAAAAGCAAAUAUCCUCGAGCUCAUUAUGUGGGGCGUCUUAUGUGACUCAUAUGUGGCUUGAGCCCUCAAAUUUAGGUGUACUUGACCUUCCUAAAAUAUCGGAGUGACAAGGUUUUAGGAAAAAAAGAGCUCCAAAUUGCAUCCUAUAUUCACGGGAAGAGCAAUGCUAACAUACCAUCUUGCAAGGUUAUUUUUGUAACUUCAUUUACAUGUACUAUACGAAUGGCUUUGGCCUUGAGGUAUUAUCAAAUUUGCUUCGAUAUUUCCAUAAAUUUGAGAUUCUACA